AAAGAAGAUCACCGAGAAAGAAAGGUAGAUGCUCGCGAGACGAGGGCCUCUCCGAGAGUGAUCGGACAUACAUACCAUUCCCGAGGACGGGUUCUCGAACCGUAGCGCCACCUGCGUUCACCGUGGUACCUCAAAAUGGCCGUCCCUCUCACCUCAGACCUUCUCGGAACGUCGACGAAGGCAGGUGGACGAUUUGAAGUCGAAUCGUCUCGCGUACACGUCGUGCUCGUUGGCAAGAUAUUUUUCCAGCCGGUCUUUCAUAGAUUCGAGUUCUUCAACGAAAAGUUUAUCGAAUGGCAAAUUACGCGAGGGCCCCAUUGAGAAAGAAAAUACUUUGGACCUGAUCGAGCGCAUCGUCGUCCUAGAUAGAUCGAAGACUUCGACUCCGGACAGGUGGCUGGCCGGUGUUGGCCACGCUCUCUUUUAUCUCGACCUUCCGUAUUUUCUCCUUCCUGCUUUCCUUUAAUCUCAGCGUUAAUGUACGGCUGGUAUGCGCGAAGAAAGUGGUGCGAGGUAAGGAGAAAAAUUUCGGUGCCGUACAAGAGGUACGUACUACUCGGUACGUUCGGUGAUUUCAAUGCACGGUCGUAACCAUCGCGGCCGUAACCGGAAGAAAGAAGCGAACCAGAAGGAUCCCUCCUCGAUCUUUGGAAAAGGUGUUUUCCAUUUCGAUGCUGUCGUCUCGGCAUCGUUACUUUUCUCGAGGUCGAUGAUUAAUAGAGGAUAAAGGAGAGAGGAGAUAGAAAAUCUUUCCUGGAUAUUAAUUUUCUUCGAGGAUGUUCCGAACCGAAGAGGAAACUCGUCGGUCAUACGAGCAAGGAUUAUGAGGACGCGUAGGUAUUUUGAAGGAACGUGUUGUAGCGGUGCCGUUGUCGCCUUCUCCAAGAGUAGCAAGCGAAGGGUGGGAAGAAGAAUCUGACCUUGCGUCGAUGUAGCCUCCUUCUUUUUUCCUUCAUCGUGCUCCAAUUGCUUCGCGUUCGCGCGCACGCGCGUAUCUACACUCGUCAGUAAGUCGCACGUACGUUUCUGGAGGAUUGAGAGAGGUAAAUUGGAUUCGCGUUUGAGAAAGAGAAAGAGAGAAAGAAAAAGAGAAAGAUAUAUCAUGUAUCGACCAAAUUUCUACGAGAGUACGUGCCUGAGAUGCGCACAGACGGUUUAUCAGGUCGACAGGGUCGGCCCUUUAAAGGACUUUACGUUCUUUCAUGCUGGAUGUUUCAAGUGUGCGAUAUGCGGUACGAAGUUAACCCUGAAGACUUAUUACAACAAUCAGCACACGAUAAACGAUAAGGAGGUUUACUGUAGCAGCCACGUGCCAAAACCAGGACCGGGUACGUUGGAUGGUUCGAGCGUGGGCAUAAGGAGUGCUUUGAACGUACCAAGAAGCGGUUACGUCAACGAACAGAUCAGAGCUGGCGGUGCGUCACCUCGUGCAGCCUAUCCACCUUGUUACGAUAACGUAGACUCGCCUAAUUAUGGUAGGCACUUGAACGGACACGGUUCACCCCCAGCUACGAAUUCGUCUCAAGGGAGAGAUUAUCACGGCGGUGGUAGCGGUGGUGCAUCCUCUCCGUAUAAUCAUCAUCAACAACAUCAUCAUCAUAAUCAUCAUGCACAGGACGGAAGUUAUCAGUAUGGGAGAUUCGAUGCUAGUGCGCUUCACAUUGCGCAUGCUCUCAAGCAAACGGAACUUCAAAAGGGUUAUAGCAAGGCUCGCGAGAAGCCCAUCGAUUAUUAUCUGGAUCGAGACGAACAGACGCGUUUGGAGAUGAAGCAUCGCAAGGAGGAAGAUGAUCUUUAUAGAAAAUUUGCUCACCAUCGAGAAGAAGAAGAUCGACGGAUUAGAGAAGAAUUUAGAGACGAGUGGGAGAAGGAGCUGGAGCAAUUAUCGGCGAGGUGGGAACGAGAGAAGGGAGGAAGAGCGCGUACCCAACAAUUUCAACAGGAGAAAGAGGACUUGGAGAAAAACAUGACUCUUCGCAGAGACAAAAAGAAGGAAAGUCUCACGAGGAAAAUGUUGGAGCACGAGCGAGCUGCCACGGCAGCAUUGGUUGAGAAGCAGAGUUCGGAGAUGUUGGAACUGAUAAACGAGGCAAGAAGCGAGUACAUGCUUCAAGAGAGUUUGUAUCUCGAUGAGGGUGACGGUUAUACUCAAGAAGCACCACCACCGUAUCCUUCCCGAGCUCCACCACCUCAGCCACCGGCCUUAGCUAAGUAUCACAUUUACAACGAUCCCAUGGAAUUCGCGGAUAUGGAUCAAAUCGCGAUCUCGGUCGCUCAAGAAGAUCAAAAGACGUUUACCGACCUUGUACGUCAAUUGGUUAGCAGAUGUGGCUCGGAUAUCGAGAAGGCAAGGACGAUAUUUCGGUGGAUCACUGUAAAGAAUCUCAACACCAUGCAAUUCGAUGAGAAUUUGCGAGGAGAUACGCCUAUGGGACUCUUGAGAGGGAUCAAACACGGCACCGAGAGUUAUCACGUUUUAUUUAAACGACUCUGCAGUUACGCUGGGUUGCACUGCGUCGUUAUCAAAGGUUACAGCAAGUCCGCUGGUUAUCAGCCGGGCGUCUGUUUCGAGGACAAUAGGUUCAGGAAUAGUUGGAACGCCGUUUACGUCGCCGGCGCGUGGAGAUUCGUUCAGUGCAAUUGGGGAGCUCGACAUCUCGUAAAUGCCAAAGAAGUCCCACGUCCUGGCCAACCAAAAGCAAAGAACGAUAGCCUAAGGUACGAGUACGACGAUCAUUACUUUCUCACGGAUCCGAGAGAAUUUAUAUACGAAUUCUUUCCACUUCAAGAAGAUUGGCAAUUGCUCAAACAACCGAUCACGUUGAAAGAUUUCGAGGAAUUACCCUUCGUACGAUCGUUAUUCUUCAGAUAUGGCCUUUAUUUUCCGGAUACGAACACAAAUGCCGUUAUGUACACGGAUUCGACCGGUGCCGCGACCGUAAGAAUAGCGAUGCCUGCACACAUGCAAUCGUCCCUCAUUUUUCACUAUAAUCUGAAAUUUUACGAUAACGACGGCGACGGAUACGAUGGGGUUUCGUUGAAACGUUUCGUCAUGCAGUCGGUCGUCGGUAACAUCGUUGCAUUUCGAGUGCACGCUCCGUGCUCGGGAGCAUUCCUCUUGGACAUAUUUGCGAACGCGGUCACGCCGAAGGAGUACUUGACGGGUGAGCCAAUGAAGUUUAAGAGCGUGUGCAAAUUCAAAAUCGCUUGCGAAGAACUUCAGACGGUGAUGGUUCCACUUCCGGAUUGUGCCAGCGGCGAGUGGGGUCCUACCAAGGCUACCAGACUGUUUGGAUUAAUACCGAUAACUCAUCAGGAAGCUCUGGUAUUCGCCGGACGAGAACUAGAGAUUCAGUUUCGUAUGUCACGACCUUUGACCGACUUCAUGGCGACUCUCCACAAGAACGGUAUCGAAGAGAAACGACUGUCAAAGUACGUCGCGCAUUCGAUCGCUGACGACGACGUUGUAACUUUCUCGAUAAGUUUCCCAGAGGAAGGCCAAUACGGUCUUGAUAUUUACACGAGAGAAUCAACCGGACCAACUACCGCCCAACACGACGUCACCGGUGAAAAACAUUUGCUAACCCAUUGUUGCAAGUAUCUCAUCAAUUCCAGCAAACGGAAUUAAGGGACUUCAAUGGGGAAGAUUCUUCUAUUUAUCUUUCUAACUCGCGUGGACUCGUUCCUGUUGUCGUCGUCGUCGUUGGUCCUCGUUGUCCUUUUUAUAACAGGAUAGAACUGAGAUCCUCUGCAGUAGACGUGACGAACUCUGGUGAAAAUGAAGCGUCAGCUUGUCGUCGUUGUCGAGCUCAUUAACAAUUUCUGUCUCUCUCUCUCUCUCUCUCUUUCUCUCUUUCUCUCUGACGUGUCUUUUAAUUUAAAGUCUUCCAACAAAAUAGCAAUUACGUUCUUGGAUAAACCGGUCGAGUAGCCUCGACGUUACAACGUGCGACUGUUUCUCUCUUUCUCUCUCUCUCUUUCUCUCUUUGAAUAUGUCGCAAAACUAUCCCCAGCUACAAUUAACAUAAUGAACGUUAUUUCCACCAUUGGCGUUUCAUAAUGACUUUGCUAAGACUCGGAUGAUGAUCCUUUCCUAUGAAUUUUUUCUUACGUAAAGUAAGUGACGUAGAACUCGUUUACGUUAUAAACAAUGUUACAAGAAGAUAAAGGAAACUCGAAUCAAAAUAGAAGUUUUUUCAUGGUUGUUUUUUUUUUUUUUUCGUUUUUAACGAUGAGACAAAGUAAAGGGUAAAACAUACGUAUCGUCAAGCACGGUGUAAGCGAGUUAACGAGCUACCUCCAGAGAUAUUUUUCAUCAUAAUGUAGAGCAUGUACGGUCAUAGGUAUAUUUGGAUAAAUCGAACGAGAGAGAAAGAAAGAGAAAGAGAAAUAGAGAGAGAAAGAGAAAUUUAAGUUUUCAGUAGAUACGAAGAAAUUAGUAUGUUAUAGGAAAUGUGGCUGGGGUCAUAAAAAAUUAUUUUUUGUUGAAGUAGCGAUAAAAAAUACAACAUAAGCUUUUAUCAAGUAUUUUAUCGAAUGGUUUUAUAAAAAAAUGAAUAUAUAUA